AUGCCUAACGCAACGCCCUCCUCACCACCAAACAAUUUCACGUCUUCCGACGAAGCCAUUGCCUACUACAAAGCUCAGUAUGAACAGUUAGAACUGGAGUUGACCGAAUUCCAAGCUUCCAGUCGAGAACUGGAGACCGAGCUUGAGAAAGAUAUCGAAGCGUCCGAGAAACGGGAAAGGAAGUUAAAGGAGAAGGUGGAAAGCUUAGGAUACGAAGUGGAGGAAUGGAAGGUUAGAUCCACCGAUCUCAAACCGACAGCAUACUGUAUCUUGCGUGAAGUGACGAAGUACAAGCAGGCCAAGUCGGAGGCAAACUCGGCGCAAAACACGCUGCAGAAAGAGAUAACCACCCUCCGCGAAUCGAAUCGAUCACUUCAACUGAAACUGCGUGAUAUCGAGGUUGCAAAUGAUGACUUCGAACGCCAGGCUCGUCAUACCACAUCUUCCCUCGAGGACCUUGAAUCAAAGUACAACGUGGCGAUAGAACGAGGAGUGCUUUUGGAAGAAGAGAUUAAGAAUGGAGAGCAGGAACGUGAAUCGUUGCGCAUUGAGAACCAACGCCUUCGUGAUGAACUGUCCGAUCUGAAAGUCGAAACUCACAUCGUUCAGGAGAAGCUUCGCAAGGCGGAGGGCUUCAAGAGGAGGGGCAGGGAUUUUUCAAUCUCCUCAAGCAUCUCCAUUCUACAUCCUCUCGAAGAUGCAGAGCGCUCACCGACCGCGACCUCCACGUCCUCUCCUUCUAUUGCAACCCCACCGGCAAAGUCCGUGUCCUCUGUAAAUUCCGACGCCGUCACCCCGCCUUCGCCGCCUUGCUCCGAAAGGUCCAACGACGUGCGCAAGGUGCCGGCUACUCCAACGCUCUCUCGACCAAGGACGUCCAUUUCGGAGCUGAAGUCGUUUCAGAAACCUUCUCCACAGUCACGACCCCCGCGACACUCCCGCGGGCCCCCAGUGCCUCCGACAAAUAAACAGAACACGCCGACUUUGUAUUAUCGGCGGUCGAGCACAAACCCUCCCUCAUCUAAUAAUGCGAUGCCUAAGUCUGGCUCGCUGUACCAGAUACGUGGUCUCAUCGGCAAGAUGCAAAAACUAGAGGAAAGGGUCCAUUCAGCCAGGUCAAGGCUGCCCGCUCCCACUGGUACACCCCCAAAGGUAUCUCCGAGGACGAGCACAAUACUGGGUCAAACAUAUCUUCCUUCCACUGUCACAAUGAGAAAUGCAAGGAAGCGUGUGAGCAGCGGCCUUGCUGGCUCCCGGAACAGCGAUGCUACACCAUCUCGCGCCAGUCGGGGCUCAUUUGGCCUGCCACAACCAACGCCAUCUCGAUCCCGUAAUGCUGAUAGCCGGCCGAGCAGUCGCACUAGCGCGUCUAGCCGUUAUUCAGCCAGCCAGGGGUCUGGCCCUAUCCCCUUUCGUCGGUCGGAAAGCCGCCAAAGUUUCACCAGACCGCCGAUAACUUCGCAGACUCCCCCCACAGAAUCAGACGGUAGACGGCCGAGGUCGUCGCUGAGCAACUACAACCCUUCAACCAACAUGUCAUACAUAGACGAGGACGAUGCGAACAUCACGACCCCCACUCCCCGACCUGGCGGGGUCAACGGACGAGAGUUCCCACCAACAAGCAUCCCUACACCGGCAAGCCAUAGAAAGAGGCAGAGCGGGGGAUCAAGUGUGUCCGGUAUAUCUCAUGGACGGCGUAUCAGCUCGAGUUUAGACCGCCGAGAAGGUGAAAUGCUACCACCGGAGCGGAGAAAUGAAGCCAGUGCAUUAGGAGAGACAUACUAG